GCUCACUUUGUUUGUUUUCCCGGACUUUGGGCAAUUCCUUUGAUGUGCCGACGGGCCUUUGGUGCCUUUAUCCAACCCACCGACAGUUGAACUCAUUAAUUUUGUCAUUUAUUAUUUUACCUUGCUGUGUCGCGCAUUACAUGCUCUCAGAUACUAAUUCCUCGUAGACUCACUGGACGUGUUUUUAAAGAGCUCAGUCGGAAGGCAAAGAGCAAUGUUUGACAUUAGAUGUUGAAGUUUUCACUGGAGAGGGCAAGCUUUCACAGUCGUGUUGGAUAUACUUAAAAUACUCGUAAAAAUCGUCCUCACAGCAUUGAACAUCGCACAAACUAUACGAGAACUUUCUUCGCAGCCCUACUCUCCGAAGCUUUCUUAUCACUACGGAACGAGUCAAAGUUCAAUUUUGUGUGUGAGUGGCAGAAUGCGCUGUGAUUUCUAGUCAAAACAAACUCGAGCUGGUAACUAAUUUUAUCCAAUGUGGAGAAGUGAGGAAGCAGCUAUGGAGUUUCUCAGAUGUUCUUUCCUGUCAUCAAUUUUAAUGGGAUUAGUACUAAUGAAACAGGGCCAAGCAUUAGUCGAUAACUCUUUCCGACUGUCUUCGUCGGAGUCGGCGGCAGCCACAACGAUACGGAUGACAACUUCAUUAUCGUCCGCUUCCCCAGUACUCCCGGACCCGCGUCUGUCCCACUGGGCUCGUGCCGCCAGCGACUUCCUCCGGAGUCUGGACUGCGCGGCCGUCACGUUCACGUCGCAGACGGAGUGCCAGCGGCUUCAGACGAUGGACACGAAGCAGAUGAGCGUCUACCUGGCCGGGCCCCGUAGCCGGCAGAGGAUGAUCGCCGUGCUGCCUGACGGCGGACUGAGCCGGGGACGAAGCCACGAUGCGGUGCUCGUGAUCGACCCCUACCCUGCGGCCUCCUUCGGACAUCUCGUCUUGGUGUUCUCGCUGGACUUAGAUUCGGAUUGGGAGGACUGCAGGAAUCGCCUUGGAUGGUACAUAGGUGAUGGGGAAUGCAUCCAUAUCCUGGAAAAGCGCCGUUGUCGCAACAAGCUACAUCGAAAGAGCGGAAGAAGGCGCUGCGAGGUCAACUUCCUCCCGUUAGUGCAUCUGGAAGGUGACAGCAAGAAAGAACAGCAGCUUCGGUGUUUUUCCAACACUGGAUCGUUUGGGUCGUGUCCCCAGUACCGCACAGAUGUUGGGAACUACACAAACCGAUGCGAGCUGUCCCACAACACGUACAGAUGCGAAAUACCAGUGCAGCAUGUCAACUCGAGGUGCAAGUACUACGAGAUAUGCGACCAGGCCGUGCUGAUAUCGGGAGGCUGGAAUAGGCAGAUAAGCCAACAGCGACACGCUCAGAACAUCCGGGGCAUGUACUCCAUGCUUCGAGAGCACGGGUUCAAAAGGCCGAACAUCAAGACAUUUUUUGCUGAUAGUGGCGAUAUCCUCCUGGAAGAGGACGAACAUAGCAACCGCAACUCCUACCCUGCAACUCAGAAGGACGCGAUUAGGAACCACAUCAGCACGUUGUGCAGGGUACCGAACUGUGUGGAAACCUUAGUCAUCUACCUCAACAGCCCCACAACAAACGACGGCACCAGUCUGCUGUGGGAUACUGACAACAAUGGAGUGGCCUCGGAUGCAGAAACUUACUCAACUAUGGAACUCCUGGAAGACCUGGAGGACUGCCGAGCCAAGCGAAUUUAUGUCAUUGCUGACCAGAGCUACUCCGGCUUAUUGGCCGAGUCGAUCAUUAUGUCCGAAAGCCAUGGCAACGUGGUGGUGUUCGCCAGUAGUGGAUCCACGGAGUACGCGUGGAACGAUGAGUUGACGUGGCAGUGGAUACAGGCCAACCACACCACGCAGUGCGUGGAUGUGAUAUUCGAGGACUAUAUGGACACCUUGUCGUCUGUACCGGCCAUGGCAGAGGGCGGUUUCAAUGCAGCGAACAGCACCAUCUUUGGCGCACCUUGCGAGACGCUACCGUUCUUCACUCCGCGCGAGAUUAAGACGAACUUCAUGGGAUGUCAAAAUCUUCCCAUGGCCUGGUGGCUGUUCAAGUUUCAAGAGUCAAGGAACUCCAAGUCGUAAAACGACCGACAUAGAGAGCCUGAAUUUGUAUGUUAUUUUGUCGAUACGGUGGACUUAAAACAUUCGGUAUGGAAAAUAUUUCAAUUAGCUGUGUAGUUUUCAAGUUGAACUAUGUUAAAGUUCCAGGUACAGGAUAAGCCUGGUACGUACGGUGCUUGUGCCUUCGAAGGAGAACAUAUAUUCAAAAUGGAACCGUUUCAUGGCUGGUUCUUAGUCCGCUGCCUUCUCAAUUAUCGGCUGUCAUACAAAUCUUUACAACAGUUUUCCGCAUGAGUGACACAAAUGCUAUACCAUUAAGAGGUCAGUUUUAGAUAAUAUCACAAUAGCCUACCGGCCGACCUUGUAGUUAGAAAUGGAGUCAACAUUUGAUGGGGUGUACUGCAUUGUGAAUUACGUCAAUUUCUGUGGUCGGCAACAAAUUCAUAAACCUGUUGUGACAGAUCAUCUGUUCAAUAUUCACAGCGUUUAACAUUGUUGUUGUAAACAUCUUGUAUUACGGUAAAUCCGUUUGUAACGAGUGUGCAUAGCUUAUAUAACAUUUACUGGCCCCACUUCCCUAUUUUUGACGUUGGAAUAUUCUCCAUACAGAACCACCUAGUUGUAAAUGAUUGUAUAUAAAGAAAUAGUAUUAUCAACUGUUUUGAUUGAUGCGACGAUACUUCUGCGCUAAUUCUCGUAGCACUUGAUUGUCAAGGAAUUGGUCAUGUGGAAAUAGGGAAACUAUUGUGGCAUCUUUGCUCUCUAGAUCAACUUCUAUUUCAGGAACAUGUAUAUUAGAUUGUACAAAACAGGUACAUGUACUUGAAAGCGAAGCAAGGUGAUAGUGUGCCUACUCAAGUUAUUUUUCGGGAGAAAAAUCGUUAAGAACAACUGUCAUUUUAGCAUAAUAUGUUUCAACUUAUUUAUUACAUGUACUUCUCUCGUGUAAACGGGUGAUUUACAACAUAUUUCUGCAGGACAAACAUCCAUACAGCGCAAUGUAAGUUUCUAAAGUCCGUCAUAGAAGAAGAUGCAGUGUGUUAAAUUUCCUUUGCAACGACGCAGCUUUUUUCUUUUUUUUUUCUCAUAUGCAGUUAAUGUUUUGCUGGUACAAGUUGUUCAUUGGCCUGGAAAACGAGGUUGAGAGGCUACUUUAAGUUUUUACGUUGCACAAACUGCUUGUAGUCCUAUCAUUUGAAAAAAUGUUGAGGAAGACCGCUGUCUUUUUUCAAAUUUGUUGUUCUCUCCUUCUUAAUAAUUUCUCCAGUACAGUUAUGGGGACACUUUUGUUUGUCUGCUGUUGUCAUUAAAUUUGCCUGAUUUUUGGGGGGGUUUGUUUUGUAUUGUUGGUCAUAUGCAUAGGCCUAUGGUUGGAUUUGUGAGCUGACUUCAUUCGCAAAUAUAAUCUCUCUUGAGAUGGAACAUCUUUGGACAAGAUAAUGUCUGGUAGUUUAAAAACGUAUUUAAGCAUGUUUUAUCUCCCUCGCACACUUGACUGCCCAUUGUACAUAUAGGAAGCAUAUUAUCCAUUGUACAUACAAAUAAGAUUAUCUAUUAUGCUUUGUCAUCUCUAUGUUAAUGUGCCUUUAAUGACUGUAUAUACUGUCGUGUGCUUUCGGUACAACCUAUGUAAACGGUGUAAGGCUGAAUUAAAAAAGUAAUUAUACACCCAUA